GCCUCCGAUACACAUUGGCACCACCAGCUACAUAUUCCUCACUGUUAUUUUCGACGCUUCUCGAAUAUUGACCUCUCCCCCAUUGGCUACCAAGUCAACCUCAACCCAAGAACUUUACCACAAUGGGUUCCACCGAGCAGAAGCCUGUCAUCUUCAACAAAGCUGCUGAGGGUAUCUCCUAUUUCACUCCAGCACAGAUCCCACCGGCUGGCACUGCUAAGGACCCACAACCUGAGGGCCAUCCUAUCCCGAAAAUCUUCCAGCCUCUCAAGAUUCGUGGCGUCACCUUUCCCAACCGCAUCUGGCUCUCGCCACUCUGUCAGUACAGCGCGCAGAAUGGCUACCUUACAGACUGGCACCUCACGCAUUUAGGCGGAAUCAUCCAGCGUGGACCUGGUCUUACCUUGGUUGAAGCCACUGGAGUCACACCGGAAGGUCGCAUCACUCCCGAGGACAGCGGUCUCUGGGAGGAUGGUCAGAUGGCUCCGCUCAAGCGGAUUGUUGAAUUCGCGCACAGCCAGAACCAGAAGAUCGGUAUCCAGCUGGGCCAUGCCGGUCGCAAGGCCAGCACUGUUGCUCCGUGGUUGAGUUUGGGGGAUACUGCUCAGAAAGAAGCUAACGGCUGGCCGGAUGAGUGCUUGGCUCCAAGCGCCAUCGCUUUUCAGUCAUCCUUCCCACACCCCAAUGCUUUGACGCUCGAAGGUAUCCAAAGAAUCAAGGAUGCUUUCGUAGCCGCCGUCAAGCGAGCUGUCGAAGUCGGCUUUGAUGUCAUCGAAAUCCACAAUGCUCACGGUUACCUCCUCCAUGAGUUCCUCAGCCCGGUCAGCAACAAGAGGACCGAUAAAUAUGGUGGUUCUUUCGAGAAUCGGACAAGGCUGACAAGAGAAAUUGUCGAGGCCACGCGUGCUGUCAUUCCAGAAAGCAUGCCUCUGUUCCUCAGAAUCAGCGCCGACGACUGGCUAAAGGAAGUACCUGAACCUGAAUUCGCCGAGAGCUGGACUAUCGAGGACACAGUGAAGCUCGCACCGAUCCUUGCGGAGUUGGGUGUCGAUUUGCUGGACGUUAGUUCUGGUGGCAUCCACCCCAAGCAACACAUCCACGGCGGUCCAGGUUAUCAAGCACCAUUUUCCAAGGCGGUCAAGGACAAGGUUGGUGAUUCUCUCCUGGUCACUGUCGUCGGCUCCAUCACAUCUGGUCAUCAGGCCGAGGAGAUUGCCCAAUCUGGCGUCGAUGGCGUGUUUGUUGGACGAUAUUUCCAGAAGAACCCUGGUCUGGUUUGGACUUUUGCCGAGGAUUUGGGUACGGAGAUUCACAUCGCGAACCAGAUCUCUUGGGGAUUCGGAGGUCGCGCCGGCGGUAAGGGACACCAGAAGAAGUAAGCGUUAGGUGGAAAACGGUGCAUUAUGAAUUGAAUUCCUUCUGUUGUGAUCUGAGCGAUGGCGUUUUACAAACAAGGUCUCCAUGAGGGCAGAUGGGCGGCUAGCAGAGAACUUUGAUCGCAGCAUAUAGACCUACUAUGAAUCAGAUUCCUAUUGGUGUCAUUUUGAAGUUGAGCAACGCUGCGAGGUUCCGUGUCGUAUACAACGCCGCAUUUGGGUUUACGAUGGACAACGGUGGAGGUCAGUGGUUGGUGUUUGUGUUAUGCAUCGACUUUCCAGGUUGAUUGCAGAUGCUCCUGAGGUGACCUGCGAAACAUGUGACAGAUUUGACAAAGUUCGCAGGUCGUAGAAUGGCUUUCCGUAGGGCUCUGAGCGCUUGUGAAAUUCAAUAUAGAUAGCUUGCAAUGAAACGAAACGGGACAGCAAACUUGCCCUCCUGAUUCUGAGAUGGCUACAAUGGUAUAUUGAUAAUGUUAGAAUUUUUUACAGG